AUGGACGAUCCAUGGGGCUCUCCUUGGGCAACCACCGAUACUACAACUGCGCCCUCUACCAGUCCCUCCAAAAACAGACUUGAACCUCCGCCUCCCGCUUUCCUUUCCACUCCCAACAGCUUGACCAUACCGUCCAGCCAGUCAGCAUGGCUCGACGACGACCCCUAUGGCGGCUGGGCCUCUCACGAUCCAGGACAAGCUACCAACACAUCACCAUGGAUUUGGGGGAACGAGGCUGCGCCGAUCGAGGGGUUGACGCCGAGCUACGAGCCCAGACGAAAAAGCAGUAUCCCCAGAUGGCCCCGAAGCCAGUCACCUUCGCCAGCACUUGGGUCUCGGAUCACUCCCAACAUCGUCUCUCCAGGUCAGCCUUCGCCUGAUCCAUGGGCCCACCAUGUGUCGACGUACACAAGAGACGACCCUGAGCCUGUAGCACAACUACCCCAGAUCCCCGAUGUGCUGCCGCCCGUGCUCGAAUCAGCGCAGGUGGGCUUGGGGUUGACCGACUCUACCAACCCCUUCGAACAAGACUUUGUCACGCAUGAACCAAUCGCCACCCAGUUCGCUGAUCCGAUGCCCAACUCCACACACGAACAUUUAAAGUUUAGCGACACUCCCCUCUCCGACUUUUUCCCUCCCACCACCAAGCAUGGCGACGAAGCUGCCCCAUCCUCUGCUUCGGCCUUAUCUGAGGAUGGCGGCGACAACGAUGAAGCGACAUCUAUCGAGGACAAUGCCGCCCCCAAAACAUCACAACGAAAAGCCUCUGGCAAGGUGCUGGAGCUCGUUGAAAUGUACGAUGGGAUAGCAAAGCGGAGAGCAACCACCCCCGAGCGGAUCAUACCACGCCGCAGUUCUAGCCGAGAGCCCAAAACAGCCGCUAGCGACAUUUCGGAUCACGGUAGCGAAGCAGACAAGCAGCCCGAGGCCGACAAGGAGGUACAACCUCGCGGCUCAAUAUACGUGGAUUCAAGAAGCUUGCCUGACGACAGAGACGAAUCGAUAGGACAUAUUGAUGAAGUGCCCAAGUCGAUACGGCCAGAUCACGAUCCUUUCGACAUUGAUUUGGGUAAACUCAAUUUGCUCCUACCAGGCACAUCGGAGGAAGUUUCUGUGCCAAGUCAGGAUGUAUCAGAUCGCAUUGUUCACGACAGCUUCACAAGCAUACCCGAGCGGAAGAUGUGGUACCGGCUAUCUCGCAAUGAAUCACUUCGCAAGCACAAUGCGGGCGACGACGACAAUUACGUGCGGAUCAAUUGGACCAACUCUACGUUGCGCCAAGAGACCUUGAAGACUGUCCGCCGGUGGAUUGAGGAAGACUCGUUUGGAGGGCGAGCUUUCCGCAGCGGAUCGGCGGGGAAUACGGGCAGCAAAAACUUUGGCUGGGACGCGACAACGGCGGCAUCCCCUGUUGAUCUCGACAGAGUUUUCGGCCGCAAACAAAAGCGGCAGCCAGCAGUUCCUCGGCCGACCUCAACGGGUGGUCUCCCCCCUUUAUCAACCUUCCCCAUGGUUCCUGCAUCCACGGGAAACACCCCAAUCUCAGCACAAGCAAAUGGUAACUGGGAAGGUCUUGCAGCGUUUGGGUGGAGCUCGGGGGCCGGCGACACGAAACAGGUAACGGAGGCAAAUGCAUCAAGGCCUUCUGCUCCUAGCAUACCGAUUCCCCUCGCCUUCACUGGGUUUGAUAACAAGCCCAAGUCUCACGCGUCGUUGCCGGCGUUUAUCAAGCCGAUCGCGCCGACACCCCCGACUUUAAAGGCGACGAGUCCUGCGGCGGAGGAGGCCGGGGAGGCCGAGGACGAAUGGGGAGACAUGGUGUCGCCAACCACGGCUGAAGCGACGGACUCCGCAUCCCUUCCAAAGACUAGCUGGGAUUCGUUCUCGACCAAUCCGCUGCCCGAGGUCGCGAGCAUGCCGCCAUCCGAUAGCUUUACCACCAGUAACCCUGAUUCUGAUGUACUCCGCACCGGGUUUUACGACGAUGGUAAUUUCCGGGACAAAUCAGGAAGGGGGAUUGUUGGCAGUGGCAUGAGCCCCACCCCCGCUCCCACACAGGCACAGGCCGGGGUACCAGAUGUACCCCAAAGCCAAGACGGCUUUUCAGACAUAUCCAGGUCGGCGUCGACGGUGAAGCGACUGGCGAGUAAGAACCUGAGCGACCCGCAGACUGCCUCGAGUUCUGGUGAAGCCGGUUUUUCUGCGGAAGGGACAGUUAAGACCGGUCUCACGACGGGCCUCCAUACAGGGUCGACUACUCAGCCACUGAAUGCACAUAGCACCGAGGGCUUUGAUAUUGUGCACCGGUUUGUGCGUAAUUUGCCAGACCUAUCGUACAUGCUGAGAUGA